AUGGAAGACCACUUUGUCUCAGAAGGAAUGCAGAUGAAGACGAUGAAGAAGAAGAGGAAGGAGGUGGAGGAGCUUGACCAAGUCAACGAUGACUUCUCCGACUUCUCUCUUUCUUCCCCUGCCAGAAAGAUUCGCCGCCUGGAUGCUCAUCUGCCACCCAUUAUGGAGGAAGAGGAGGCUGAGUUUUCAUUUUCAGCUGCUCAGAAUCAGCUGAAAUCAGAGGCUCCAAUUAUUGAGGGAUUGCCCUCAGAAAACCAAGAAAAGGCCAUUGUGCUCUUCAGGCCUGUCAACAAUACCCCAGUCUUCUCUCUCCGUUCUGACUUGAUUUCUGGCUUUAAGGACCAAUUUCUGCGCUCCAGCCAUUUUGGUCUGAGAUCGUCAGCUGAGGAAGAUGAUGAGGCAGUGCAAAGCAACAGCAAUCAGUGUAAAGCUGUUGUUCCUUGGGUUCCCAGUCAUCUAUCUCCUGCACCAUCAAUGGAGGUUUCACAAGCAGACCCUCCAGAGGAGCUGAUGGAGGCUGAGGGGAUGGAAACAGCAACAAUGGAGAUUGAAGAAGAGAGCCCAGCAGCAGGGCAAGCCAUGGCAGAUGGGUAUGGUGGUGGGAUGUGGACAAGUAAUGAAGGCUUUCCUCAGUGGCAGCAACAGCAUUGUAUGAUUCCACAGCCUCCACACAACACAACCACACCCAUCACAUGGCUGCAAUGA